UUCUCUUUUUUCCCUGAAUAGGAAGAAAGAAGCCUGAGACAGCAGCCUAUGAAGACUGUGAAGACAAUCCUGAAUAGCAAUUAUGAAUGGUGUUGCUGCUAGGCUUGUUCUGCGGAGCAUCUGAAAUGAACCUCUCUUAUUGAUUGUUUUUAUUGGCCCAGAGCCAGGAGUACUGGAUUCAGUUGACUUCAGGAUUAAAAAGAGAACAGUCCUGGUUAUCAUCAUAAACAUAUGAACCAGUGUGAUGGUGAAAUGAGAUGAGGCUCCGAAAUGGAACUGUAGCUACUGUUUUAGCAUUUAUCACUUCAUUCCUGACUUUAUCUUGGUAUACUACGUGGCAAAAUGGGAAAGAAAAACUGAUUGCUUAUCAACGAGAGUUUCUUGCCUUGAAAGAACGUCUUCGAAUAGCUGAACAUAGAAUCUCUCAGCGCUCUUCUGAAUUAAACGCCAUUGUACAACAGUUCAAGCGUGUAGGAGCAGAAGCAAAUGGAAGUAAGGAUGCAUUAAAUAAAUUUUCAGAUAAUACCCUAAAGCUAUUAAAGGAGUUAACAAGCAAAAAAUCUCUUCAAGUGCCAAGUAUUUAUUAUCAUUUGCCUCAUUUAUUGCAAAAUGAAAGAAGCCUUCAGCCUGCUCUGCAGAUUGGUAAUGGAAGAACAGGAGUGUCAAUAGUAAUGGGAAUUCCCACAGUGAAGAGAGAAGUUAAAUCUUACCUCAUAGAAACCCUUCAUUCCCUUAUUGAUAAUCUGUAUCCUGAAGAGAAGUUGGACUGUGUUAUAGUAGUCUUCAUAGGAGAGACAGAUAGUGAUUAUGUACACAGCGUUGUAGCCAACCUGGAGAAAGAAUUUUCUAAAGAAAUCAGUUCUGGCUUGGUGGAAAUAAUAUCCCCGCCUGAAAGCUAUUAUCCUGACCUGACAAACUUAAAGGAGACAUUUGGAGACUCCAAAGAAAGAGUAAGAUGGAGAACAAAGCAAAACCUAGAUUAUUGUUUUCUAAUGAUGUAUGCUCAGGAAAAGGGAAUAUAUUACAUUCAGCUUGAAGAUGAUAUUAUUGUCAAACAGAAUUACUUUAACACUAUAAAAAAUUUUGCACUUCAACUUUCUUCUGAGGAAUGGAUGAUACUAGAGUUCUCCCAGCUGGGCUUCAUUGGUAAAAUGUUUCAAGCACCAGACCUCACUCUGAUUGUGGAAUUCAUAUUUAUGUUCUAUAAGGAGAAACCCAUUGAUUGGCUCUUGGACCAUAUACUCUGGGUAAAAGUCUGCAACCCUGAAAAAGAUGCAAAACAUUGUGAUAGACAGAAAGCAAAUCUACGAAUUCGCUUCAGACCUUCCCUUUUCCAGCAUGUUGGUCUGCAUUCUUCUCUAUCAGGAAAAAUUCAGAAACUCACGGAUAAAGAUUACAUGAAACCAUUACUUCUUAAAAUCCAUGUAAACCCACCUGCAGAGAUAUCUACUUCUUUGAAGGUCUACCAAGGACAUACACUGGAGAAAACUUACAUGGGGGAGGAUUUCUUUUGGGCUAUCACCCCAGUAGCCGGAGACUAUAUCUUGUUCAAAUUUGAUAAGCCAGUCAAUGUAGAAAGUUAUUUGUUCCACAGCGGCAACCAAGAACAUCCAGGAGAUAUUCUGCUAAACACAACUGUGGAAGUUUUGCCUUUUAAGAGUGAAGGUUUGGAAAUAAGCAAAGAAACCAAAGACAAACGAUUAGAAGAUGGUUAUUUCAGAAUAGGAAAAUUUGAGAAUGGUGUUGCCGAAGGAAUGGUGGAUCCCAGUCUAAACCCCAUUUCAGCCUUUCGACUUUCAGUUAUUCAGAAUUCUGCCGUUUGGGCCAUUCUUAAUGAGAUUCAUAUUAAAAAAGUCACCAACUGAUCAUCUGCUAAGAAACCAGUACAUUUUUUCCCUGUGAAUUUGUUAAUUAAAGAUAGUUAAGCAUGUACCUUUUUUUUACUUGAACACUACCUCUUGUGAAAUCUACUAUAGAUAAGAUGAUUGUCAUUUCCACUUGGAAAGUGAACCUCCCAUGGAUAAUUGCAUUCAUUCGAACCUAAGCUGUCCUCCAAUUUUAACUUGACUCAAACAUUUUACAGUUAUGACAGGCUGUUAAUAUGACUUGUACUAUUUUGGUAUUAUACUAAUACAUAAGAGUUGUACAUAUUGUUACAUUCCUUAAAUUUGAGAAAAAUUAAUGUUAAAUACAUUUUAUGAAGGGGGUACUUUUGAAGUUCAUUUAUUUUACUAUUAUAGACCCUCUUUUAUAGAUUAUCAGGGAUUAUAUAUAUAUAUAAAUAUAUAAAUAUACAUAAAAAUGUUAUGGAGUUAAUUUAUUAGAAACAUUUAAGAAGUACAUAUUUUUGUGCAGUAAAUUUUUGAAUCAAUACUUUUUUUGAAAAGUUACCUUGCUUUUUUAAGUUCUUUCUAUAUUUUUCUUUGGAAAUGCAAACAUUACAGAUUAAUGCCAUUUUUCAAAUGCACUGCCAUUUAAGAAUGAUUCUAGAUUGAUUUCCUAACUGAAGUACUUUUAUAAUUGCAGUGAUUCUGAACAAAAUAUUUUCAAAGGCAUUUGUCAUUCCUUAAAGCCAAGAUUUUAAAGACCAAUGUCCUUCUUGAGGGUUAUUUUAUUAUGCUGUUUAUGGUGUAAAAAAUCAGUCUGAUAAAUUUUAAUGUGCAGGGGUCAUGCAUUCAACCCAAAUUAUCAUGGACUCAACUCAUUCCCUCUGAUGUGUAAAAUGACAAACUCUUUUUUCUUUUUGAAUCUGUCUUUGAUCCAUGAGUUAGAUGCAUUCUCUCUUGUUGAUCCUUUUAUAUCUGCACCCAUUUAAUGAGUUCUGACAAAAUGUUUUCUAGGUAAUGUUAUUGUAUGAGUCAAAAUCAUUGAAUUUUACAGAAAAAAUUGUAAUACUGGUUUUUAGGGAGAGGUACUGUAGCAGCUGUAUGUUUUUGCAAAAUGAUUUAUUCUGUUGGCAUUAUGAACUUACAGGUAAAUUCAUAUCUGAAGAGUACUUAUUGCUCUUAAUCAUGCAAUUCCAAAUGUUAUUACUACUGUAAACAAAAAUACUAUCAGCCUCAGCAAUCAGUGAUCUUUACAAAAGUAUUUUAAGAAGUUCCAAAAUGAUCAGCAUCAGUUUCGGGGGGUUGCAGGUGGGUUCCAGAGAGAUGUGCAGAGAUUGAUCCCCUGAGCUCUCGGACUAGCCAGUGGCUGAGGCCUCCGGGGGCUGGAGGUGCCGGCUAGUUGCCCCUUGCCUAGAGGAGCUUCCCGCGGUUACCCAGGAUGCUGAACAAAGAGCUUCCAGAGAGCCUUGUUUUCUGUACAGUAUGAUGGAGUGAAAAAUGUUGGGAAACAUGGAUAGGGUACAGUUCUUUCCAUUACUCCUACUGGAAUCAUGUCAGUUACUUUCCUUGAUUAAAAAGUUACACAUUGCCAUGAAUAAUUUUUUAUGUCCAAGUCUAGUGAAACAUUUUUGCUGGGUUUUUUAGAUUUCACUUUCUUUAAUUUACUUUUUAUUUUGUCCUCACAUUUCCCUGGCCUGAUGCCCACAGGCCCAUUUCAUUUGAAAAGAAUGACCUUUCAUUAUAAAACUUUGGCAGCUGUUGAACAUGCUGACUGCUAGACCAGCCAAGUGUCAGGAGGGAAAGCUCUGGGGUGGGUUGAGAAGUCCUCUCAUUUCCCUUCCACAGUAGCCCACUGCUGAUUUGGGGGAGAAGGACCAUGCACUGAAGAUCAGGGAGGUGACGGUUACCUCCUUGCCUUUAGUGAGGGCUGCUCAGUCUUAAGACUGGUGAGCCGUACUAGCCAGCUUCUUCCUGUUCUGCUCGGUGUCCCCGCCCAGGCUUAGCUCUCCCCUCCUGUUCCUGAGAAUACUUUGAGCCAAAUCUCACCCACCUUUCACAGACUCUCUCGUGCACUCCUCCCGUGAAGUGUUACCAGUGCCUAGUCAUGCCAGGAAUAGUGCCUGGCACGUGGCACGUGCCCAGUCCGGGGCUGGACGAGGGGCCCAACUGUCCCAGCCCACACUCCUUUCUUUUCAACUCCCUACGUUCCUUGCCACACAUUUACAUACGCACUCAGCUGCCGAGUUUUUGGUUGCUCCUGGCGAGUGUGUGUGUAUGUGUGCGCACAUUCUCCCACCAACCAGGCUUCAAGCUCCUGGGGUAGGCCUGUAACUCAUCCUUCCUGUCUGUCUUCUGGUGCAGCAGGUGCUCCCCAAUCAUCUCAUUGUUGGUCUCUCCCUGCCCCCACUUCCUUUCUAGACCAUUAGAAACAGCCAUGCUUUCCUCAAGCAAGACACUGUAGGGGUAGCCCUUGAGAGUAGUUGGGUGAAGUCUGGGGACAGAACGGUAGAGGAGGUGAAGAGUACCUGGGACUGAGGGAAGGAUAUACUUGGCCUCAAGAGGACACUGAACCACUUUUAUCAGAAUAGGGAGUGGGGACAGUGUCCAGUGGUGUCCAGUAUUUAAUUAUUACUAUAUAGAGAUAAAUGAAACCUGGUUUGCAUCUGGUAUGUAUUUCACAUAAACUGUCAGACUCUAGAGCCGUGCUGUCCUAUACAGUAGCUAGUAGACACAUGGUGGCUGUUAAGUUUAAAUUAAUAAAACCUUCACCUCCUUAGUCACACUAGCUACAGUUCAAGUGCUCAUCAGCCACAUGUGGCUCGUGGCCCUCGGAGUGGAGGGCACAGAUAGAGAACCUUCUGUCCCUGCAGAAGGUUCUGUUGGGACAGCACUGUGUAAGGAGUGCUAAUGUGGACACUGGCGAAACCAGAGUAAUGAAUUCUGACGAGGAGGAUACAAGCAGACAUGCAGAAUAUAUCACAGUGCAGAUGAUGAGUAUUGUAGGUAAGAAGGUUGAGGACUGUUUCCGGGAUUCUAAGACCCCAGAUUUCUGAGUUCUCUAAGUCUCAUGUGCUCUUUACACACACACGGGGUCCUACCAUGUCGUCAAACAAGAACAGUGGUUUCAGGCAGUGAGAUUGAAAAGCUUUUGGAAAAAGUGCGUGUGGAUGAUCUGGCAGGCAGGCUGUAGACACAUAUGUGUAUAUUAAUUCAGCCACAGAGAGGUCUUUGGAAAAGGUACAGCUUUUCAGAUCAGGGGUUGCACCAGUAAGUGAUCAGAAGGUGUCCUUAUUUCAAAGUUUUCUUCAGCAACGUUCUGAAGGCUUCUUUUCAAUCUGUUAUUGUCACGAAAAGGUGGUCUCCCAACAGUGCUGUCCUCAAAGGCAAGUUUGGUUAAUACGGAAACAGCAUGUUUGGAGCGAUUGCUCUCAUUAAUGGCAUUGUGUAUUUGUAGUAGCCAGAAUUCUCCAGGUGACCUUCAGGUACCGUAGAUGAGAUCCUCCCCUUUUGCGUGUGGGUGGAAGCCAUGAAUCUCACCCAUAAUCAUGUUCAGCUAAUCUAACCCUGUGAGCCCUUUAAAAGCAGAGUUUUCUUAGGCUGGUAGCAUAAGUCAGAUUCAAAGCAGGACUCGAGGCACCACUGCUGAUUUAAGAUGGAGGGGCCGCAGGAGAAGAAAUGGCCUGUCAGGAGCUGAGAGACCUCCGCCAACAGCCACGGGACCCAGAACUACAGCCCUACAGCCACAGGAACUUGAUCAGUCAACAAACUGAGGGAGCUUGCAACUAGAGUCUUCUCCAGCAGAUGAGAGCCCAGCCCCGCCAACACCGUGACUCAAGCCUCGUGAGAUCCUAUGCAGAGGACUCCAACCAAGCCCGCCCUGACUUCUGGUCUGCAGAACUGUGAGAUAAUAAAUAGGUAUUGUUUUAAGCCUCUGAAUUCGUGGUGAUUUGUUAUGCAGCAAUAGAGAAUGAAUAUAGUAUUUAAAAGAGGUGAGGAGGAAAAGUCUUCCUACUUGAUUCCCUAUAGUUAGCUUGGAGAUGUUAAUAACCACGGGAGUCAAGUCUUACACUAGCAAACUUACACCUGGGCCACCUCUGGGGUUUCUCUCCCUGAGAAUCUCAAGUAGUCUUGAUUGGAAGUUUGUUGCCAAAAACUUGGGAGUAUCUUAGCAAUGUUUUGUAAAAAAAAAAAACUAGAACAGGAUUGUUCUCAUUCCAGAACGAGGACCCAGUGUAUAUGGAAUCUUUUUCCUGGGAGAGGUAUUACUUUGUGCUGAUUUAUUCUGCUCUGAGCUUGUUCAGUAUAUUAUUUAAGAACGAUGAACAGUGGUACUUUAAAUAUUAGGAGAGAAAAAAAAUUUCUACCUUUUCGUAGAAAUCAGAUAAUCUACUCUGCAUUGAAGAACAUACUUUUUUUAGCCCAAAACUUACUUUAUUGUGUAAGAACAGAUCAAAUCCUGUAUGUGCCAACCAAAUUUUUGUACUUCGUGGGUGUUUUCCAAAAUACUUCUCUCCUUCCAAGCCAUUAAUGCUAAUGAGCUUGUUUUUAUUUUGGUUUGUAGAUUAAUUUUUGUGCUUAUUUUUACUAUAUUGCCAUACCCUUGAUAGAAGAACAGCAGAGAGCUAAAGGGAAUAAAAUGAGAGGCUAAGACUGUCAGAAAGUCAGAAAUUGGGAGUCCAAAUCAUCUUUGUGUUCUAGGGGAACCCAGAUAUCCCAGCUCUUUCUUUUAUAGAAAAGGAAACUUUUCCAAGCUGUGUAGCAUUAUUUAUAGUGUGUGAAAUUUGACAGCUGUACAAUUUUAAUUAUUAAUCUUGAUAUAUGCCAUGAUAAAUAGUAGGCUUACUUUAUUUCUUUAAUGCAUGUGAACAUACAAUGCUGAAAAGACUACGACCAUAUUAAAAAAAAAAAUUGUUAUAUAUAUCCCUAUCAUCAGUACCUAUAUAUAACCUCUUCUUGCCUGAAACACCCCACCUUUUUGGGCACUAACUAGAUCAUGUUCACGGGAACAAACAGGAAAGAGCUGGCUGUGUGCGUGUGAGCGUGUGUAUGUGUGUGCAUGCGUGUGUGUAUGCGUGUUAAGAAUUUAGAAGACAUUGUUCAAGAAAGUAAGCUGGGUAUUGAAUGGGAAAGCACUUUGUGCCAAGUAUCAUUCCCAGUGUUGUUCACAUUGCAGUAAAAAUGUUAAUAGUGGUGCUAAAAUUGUUCUCCAAAUAGGACUGUUUGUUGUGGGGAAUAUUUAAUGAUACUCUUGGACAUUAGGGAGGCUACUUUAUGUAUCACUUGCUCCUAGUUGUUUUUUGGUAUUAGUAAUUAGCAAAUCCGUCUGGAGUCAAAGCUUCGGUACUUUAGUAUGAUUAGCCUUCCAUUAUUUGAAAUGCUCAGUUUGCUGAAAUUGGGUGAAAAUACCUUUUGAAGACCUAUUCUUUGAGCCUUAAAAAUGGCUGAUAUCGACAGUACUGUAAGAUGCUAGGCCAGCAGAUUUGAUAUUUUUCAUUUCAGUGAAGACAGAGAUGUUUUCUAAGAAAGACUUAGAAAUCAGCUGACUGAAAAUAUGUUUCAUUUAUGGAAUAAAAAACUAACGUGUUUCUCAUAAAGAACACUGUUUGGAAAGGUCACGGAUGUUUCUGGAAGCACUCCUUAGAGAAGGUGCCUGAGGAAUUGCUUUUCCAGGCCGUACCAGAUUUUUUUUUUCUCCUUAAAUGUACUGUACAUAUUUUCCUUAAAAUGUUUUCAUUGGGUGAAUGGGUAGUAUCUGUAGUAAUAUUUUAGGUACCUGUUAAUAAGGUUUUUAAGGGAAGAUUAUUUAUUUUCAAAUUUGCUGCUAUAAUUGAAAACCUAAUAACUGGUCCUGUUGACUGUGCCUUUCAUUACUGUUUUCUCUGUGCCACAACUGUUUAUGUGUUUGGAAUAAAGACGUUUAAGAAGCCAUGUUGAAUUCAAGAUUCCUUCCAAUAAAAAUAGGUAAAACUUAA